AUGAUCGACGAAGACCACUCGAAGACCACCACGCACGAAGAGACCGCAGCAGGCGAGACAAAGUGCGAGCCGCAAUCGUCACCCGCGGCGCCGCCGGACGAGACUCCCGAGGCAUGGCAAACCAUGAGCAUCGUGUCGAAGUUCAAGUUCAUCUUCUCCCACUGCACAAUCGAGCCCAUGUUCGGGUGUUAUAUCAUGACCAGCGUUCUGACGGGGCUGUGCACGCAGAACCUGAACCUGCAGAAGGCGUGCCGGGUGAACCUGAAGUUGCCCAACAGCACUUGUUCGGCGCUGGACAACCGGAACUCGGACGACUACGCCAAGGAGGAGGUCAUGGUCCAGGAGCUGGUGACCGACAUGAUCAUAUGGAAGACGAUCGUGCAGAGCAGCAUACCGAUGGUGUUGAUAAUAUUCAUCGGGUCGUGGAGCGACCGGAACCACAAGCGCAAGCCGUGCAUGUUGGUACCCAUCGUGGGUGAGCUACUCACCAGCGUGGGGCUACUUGUCUGUACUUAUUAUUUUUACGAGCUGCCCGUGGAAGUGGUCGGAUUGGUGGAGUGCCUUCCUCCAGCCAUGACCGGCGGGUGGAUGACAAUGGUCAUGGCCAUAUUCAGCUAUAUAGGCGACGUAUCUUCGGUAAAAUACCGUACACUGAGAAUUGGAAUAGCCAACGUUUUUUACUCAGUAGCCGUUCCCAUCGGAACCGCUUUGUCGGGUGUAUUGUUCCGAGGACUCGGAUUUUAUGGCGUGUACACCAUAGCCAUAGUGAUGUACGCAUUUACUAUUUCUUACGGCUGGAUAUUUAUCAAAGAACCAAAACCAGAAACAUGUUUAGAAAGCAAAGAACCACCAAAGUCCACGUCUUGUUUUUAUUUGAUCGAGGAUUUUUUUAGCCUGAGUAACAUCAAGGAAGCCAUUGGAGUGACGUUUAAGGAAGGACAGCACAACAGAAGGUUUAGAAUCAUUUCUUUGUUAGUUGUCGUCAUUGUCGUCAUGGGUCCUUUAUAUGGGGAAAUGUCAAUGAUGUACAUGUUUACACGAUUAAAAUUCAAUUGGAACGAAAUUGAUUUCAGUUUGUUUUCCACAUACGCUAUGGUUACCAAUCUUAUAGGUACGAUGUUUUCAGUUGGUGUGUUCAGUCAUAAGUUGGGAAUCGACGAUGCCUUAAUUGGAGUAAUGUCGUGUAUGAGCAAAAUAUUAGCAGGAUUUGUUUAUGCGUUUGCCCCUACCGCUUUCAUAUUUUACUUAGCACCACUUGUGGAAAUCAUAAAUGGUACAUCAUUUAUUGCUAUGAGAUCAAUUAUUUCCAAGCUCGUGCCAUCAGAUGAAUUAGGCAAGGUGAAUUCAAUAUUUGGCGUUUGUGAAGCUUUGGUACCGUUGAUUUAUGGACCGAUGUACAGUUAUGUGUACAAGCACACAUUGAAGACGUUUCCUGGAGCGUUUUUUUUACUCGGUGGCUUGUUAACGGCUCCAGCAGCUAUUAUAUUCCUUUGGAUGUACAACGAACAUCUAAAGGAACGGAGAGUAAAAGAGUCGACGGUCAGAAGUGGAGUAGAAAAUUCGGAAGAAACACAAAAAGAGAAUAGUUUGGAUAUCAGGUUAUCCUCACAAAAUAUUGAUUAGAUAACCUCGAUAAGCAGACAAACACAGCCUGUUAGGAUUUCAAGACUAUUUUGGAGUUGCAUUUUGGACCGUAAAGUACCUAUUUAAAAUGGCGCAAGGAUUGAGCGAUGCAAUUAAGCGAAAUAUAAUACCGAUAAGGCGUUUUUUUUUUAAACUUCUAUUUAUACAUUGUUUUUAAGAUAUUAAUAUUUUGUAUCAUUUUUAUAUUAGUUAAGGCGUCUGUGAAAACUAAUGGCUAAAUAGUUUAUGAAAAAUGCAUUUACAUUAUGAUACAUUCGUGAUUCGUAUAAUAUAAUACAUUUUUAAAUUUAAUUACCUACCUGCAAUUAUAAAAUCAAUGGAAAUGAAAAACAUACAGGUGCAGAGACCAGCAAUCAAGAAUUUACACAAAACAUAUUUCAUGUAAUUUAUCAUUAAAUAAAAAAAAAUAUGGAUGAGUAAAAUUACAAACGAACGAUCGAAUAAAAAAAAAAGUUAUUUUAUAACUUCGAAA